GGCGUGGAGUAGUGCUCUAGCAUUAAAAAGAUUAUUGAAUAAUAGAAGCAGUUGCCAUCUCUUUUUAUAAGUCUGACCUUUGAAUCUGCGACAGGAAGUGCACUAAUGCCCAUGUAUAACGGGGUUUCUUUGUAAUUUUCUAUAAUUCCAUUCAGUUCCAGUGGUUUUCCGACAUAGCUAUCAUCAGCUGUGUUUGUAUCCAUAAUAUUUGAAUGGAAUUAAUUUAUUUAUAUACUAUGCCUCUAAGACAACCCAAAAGAAUGCAAAAGGAGGAAAAUCUCUAUAUUAGUGAGGAGGAUCGAAUUCAUCUGGAGUCUCUUCCGGAAACGGUAAGAGAGCGCAUUCUGUACGAAAGACAUCUGAAAAAAACCGAAGAUAACGAAAAAAGAGAGCUAAAGCACAGAACCAACCGGCUAAUUGAAGAAGAAACAGAAAGUGAGAGCGAAGAAGAUAUAGUGCAGAAAAGGGAUAAAAUUAGAUCUUUUAAACAGAGUAGACCUGUGUCUUUUGACAUGUUUAAGUGCACAGUUCUAUGCAGAAACACUUUUGUGAGUAAUAUGUAUAAGAGAACAUUUAAGCUACUUAAUGGAUACUAUGUGAAGAUUCGGUUAGAAGAGGGAUACCAUAUAUACAGAAUAUCUAAGAUAUACGAGGGGAAGAGAUAUGAAAUAGAUGGUAAAGUAACAAAUUACUGGAUGCAGCUAGAAAGAACUGGUGAUAAAAAGGAGGUGAACAUACAAAGUAUAAGUAAUAAAGCUAUUACUAAGAGUGAGUAUAGCAAGUAUAUAAACGAGAACACAGUUCCUGGAGGAGACAAAUCACUCCAACAGAUGCAUAAUAAGCUAAUUAAAUCUUUGGAAAGCCGAAUGUCUGAAGCAGAGCAGGACUAUUCUCUUGGGCAGAUGCGAAGAUUUUCAAAGGACCAAAGAAUUGCUGCAAAAAGAAGAGUUGAGUUAAAAGUGCGCUUGGAGAAGGCAAAGAGCGAGAAUAAUCUAGAGGAAGUUGAUGAAAUAGAAAAAGAACUUCAUGAAUUAGCAGAGCCAUCAGAGGCGUGUGGAGCAUAGAUGGCUGCGAUAGUUAAUAAACUGUGCACC